AUGAAAGGCAAUGCAUCAAAUCCAGUAGUCCUGUACUGGCAUAGAACAGAUCUGCGGCUACAUGAUUCUCCAGCGUUGCACGCAGCCUUGGCUUUGAAGCCAUCUGUCUUCAUUCCAGUCUGGACCUGGGAUCCUCACUAUGUCUACCGAGCACGAGUAGGCCCUAACAGAUGGCGAUUUUUGCUUGAAUGUCAGACCGACCUUUCCAAGGCAUACUCCAAGCUCAAUCCCAAGCAAAAGCUCUGGAUUGUCCGUGAAGGACCGCAGACUAUCCUUCCCAAGCUUUGGAAACACUGGGGCGUCACGCACCUCGUUUUCGAGAAGGACACAGAUGCGUAUGCCAAGGACAGAGACAUCGAUGUGAUCAAGAUGGCCGAAAAGUCCGGUGUUGAGGUGAUUGUCAAAAUGGGAAGAACCUUGUUCGAUUCCGACGAGAUUGUUCAGAAGAAUGGUGGCAAACCGACAAUGAGUAUCACGCAACUCGAAAAGGCCGCUGAGAAGAUCAAUAACGGCAGCCCUGACAAGCCACUUGAAGCACCCAAGAGCAUUCCGGACCCAUGGGACGAGGAGAAAAUGGAUCUAAGUAGUCUCAAACAUGACUCGGUUGAGAAUGAGCCGGACUUCAAUUCGGAACACCGCAUCAAGGAAGAUGAUCAAUACUCCCAAUUGAUGGGCCCAAAGAAUGACUUCGGAGUUCCGACUUUCGAAGAUAUGGGCAUGGAAAAGUCGGAAGCUGUGACUCCUCACCGAGGAGGGGAGACAGAAGCCUUGAAAAUCCUCGGGGACCAUAUCAAGAACGAGGACUACAUCGGAAGGUUCGAAAAACCGAAUACCUCCCCAGCGGAUUUCGAACCUCAAUCAACCACGCUAUUAUCCCCUCAUCUCCACUUCGGUUCGUUGUCCGUACGCCAAUUUUGGUGGGAUGUUCAAGGAGUUCUCGCCAAAAGAAGGAAAGAAAAGAAGCCGAACUCGUCCGUUCCAACUAGCCUAGAGGGUCAGCUUCUAUUCCGGGACAUGUAUUUCGCAGCUCAAGCAGCGCUUGGUCACGAAUUUGAUCGAACACAUGGAAACCGGGUUGCCCGUUUCAUCGAUUGGCACCUUCAGACGAACCCCGCCAGGAAAGAUGAAUCAAUCGAUGGGUCGUACGAAGUAGACUCGCAGGACGCAGAGGUAUGGUUUCAACGGUGGAGGGAAGGUCGUACCGGAUUCCCAUGGAUCGAUGCGCUCAUGCGUCAGUUGAAACAAGAGGGCUGGAUUCAUCAUCUGGGAAGACACAGUGUAGCCUGCUUUUUGACUCGAGGCGGGUGCUAUGUAAGCUGGGAGCGUGGCGCGGAGGUUUUCGAGGAGAUGUUGAUCGAUCAUGAAACGGCAUGCAACGUGGGAAACUGGAUGUGGCUCUCCUGCACUGCCUUUUACGCCCAGUACUACAAGUGUUACUCGCCUAUAUCGUUUGGAAAGAAGUGGGACCCCGAGGGACAUUUGAUCAGAAAAUAUUGCCCGGAGCUCGCCAAAUUCGACAAGAAGUGGAUCUACGAGCCAUGGAAAGCGCCCAUCGCGGACCAGAAGAAGUUUGGCUGCAGGGUGACAGGUGAUGGUAGUUCAUCGUCGAAAGAAGAUGGCACGGAGCAUACCUACCCCAAACCAAUGUUUGAUUUCGAUGAGCGGCGGAAGCUAUGCCUAGAUGGGAUGAAGCAUGCAUACGGGGUUGGUCUUUAUGGCAAUGAUGAGAAGGUCAAGAAUGGAACCUGGAAAAAAGAAUUUGGGGAAGAGGAUAGGCCAGCAAAACGACAGAAGACCUAG